AUGGAGGAGCGCUGGGGCUUUCUAGCUCCUUGGUGCGGAGUCCUUCAACUGAGCUACGACGACGGCGACGCGUACGAGUCCUGGACGCCCCACCUCGAGGUUCACUUCCCAACGAGCGCGAACCAUGACGAGCCGGCGUACCAGCGCGAGAUCGCUCAUAUCCGAGAGGCGUUGGGCCUUCUGGCAGCCGUCGCCCAUUAUUUGCUGAACAGCCACUGCCACGUCAAUUGGUGGAGAAGAAGCGGAGAGGAAUCCUUGCCGCAGUAUUUACCUGGUCACUUCGUGUUCCUGCUGGAAGAAAAGGCGGGGAGCGAUAUGGUCACGCUCUUGGGGCCUGGCCAGCCAUGUGAAGCGUAUGCUGAGGCCAUGGGGCAAAUUACAGCUUAUUGCGAGUACUUAAAGCCGGACGAGCCUGGAAUCGAGAUUACAGUUUCUGUUAAGGUGGGGUACAUCGUCGGAGACAGAGUGCUGUUUCCUUCGACUGCUUAUGAACAGGUACUGCAGCGAGGACUGGAAGAUAUUCAACGCGCAGAGAGGGAUAUUUGUGAGAGCUGGGAGCACUACACUCAAGCUCCAGGUUACGACAGGGUGGCUCCUGGUGUGCUGAGAUGCACCUUUGUGAUGGAGCCGAUGGCGGCAAACAUUCAAGACGUUAGCAAUGUUGUCCAAGCCACUCGAACGACGGAGUGGCUCCUACAGAACGGAAUCUGGUUCUCGCUGCUGUCGCUAAAUACUGCGAUUUGCCACAAAUAUGGUGCAAGAGAGGCUCUCGCGUCCUUCCGCAGGUUGAUGAUGGCUGUGUUUCAUGGAACGGGGCGAGUUCCGGCUGCAGCAAAUGCUGGGUACCUACUGAAAAGCGACGAAGCAAGCCAUUCGCAGCUGGGAAAGACGCAUACGACGCGCAGGACUGAGGUGAUUUUUUCGGCAUUGGUGCGGAAUCAGACUACGCAGAGGCUGAUACUGUGGAUGAAUACGCAGUUUUGGUGGAAAUGGGUUGCCUACGGGUGCUUUUCGAAGCGAGCUCGAGCACACUCGUCGCUUCAGUCGCUGGAAAUUAAUGGUAUCAACAGCUGUUUUGUGGUGCGCACAUUCCGUGACAACGGCGAGAGCGCGGUUGUGUGUGUCAUGGUACCUGGAUUUGGUACUUGCGUGACUCGGCGCUCCAUUAAACGAUCCCCUCUUGCCUUGACGGUGCUAGCGCUCAGAUUGACUGAAGAGGCAGUCGAGGAUGGCUUCUUACGUUUCCUAGCGGCGAUUGGUUCGUCGCUUUUGGUCUUGGCUAUCGAGAAUCCCGGACAAACAACGGAUGUCAGUGUGGUCAUGCGAUGCUGCCCGAAUCUGCACAAGUUGAACCUCAAACGGGGCGCGGUGGAGAUGCAGCUACACUUUUGCCAGUAUCGGGCUCGAAAUCUGCCGCUUCCUACGAUGCCGCAGUUUUGGGGAAAUGUCGAAACACUCGCAGCAACUCUGAGAGACUUGGACAACCCUCUUACGAAGUACGUCCGGCGUUUGAAGAUCGAUCUAACCGCGCGUGAUGAGAGUCGUCGUAUUCUCUAUUCCGGCCAACAGGUUAUUCGUUUUCUGGACGCACUGCUACUCCUUGUCGAUACGAAUGAGUUCAUUCAGUACUUUGAAGUGAAGGUGCCGUCGGAGCACCGAAACUACCGAGAGCGAUUUUGGAGUUGCAACAACACGCUGAUCAACCUGGGGCUCGGCACGGAAAUAAAUGUCGCGUUUCUCAGUGUGGUGUUGGAUCAGCGACCCUUUCUCGAGGCUAGCAGCUACAAGAGGAAGGAGCACUUCAAGCUCGGAUACCGAUGCUCGAGAUGGAAUCUGGAUCAACACAUCUUGUCACGAAGUUUUGCUUAUGCAGCCAGCCUCGCCCCUCGUCAAGUCUUCUGUUUCUGGCAGACGUAA